ACAUUUCAUUAACCAAGUGGACAGUUUAGUGAUCCCGUAAAGUCGUCUCAAACACAGCACAGUGAAAGCGAGGAAGCGACACACCCUGGCCCAUUCCCUUUACUGGCCAUGUGAUAGAGGGCCAUGAGGUGUCAAAACAACCCCGUGCCGGCUGUCCUAGUGGCACUCCUGGCACUGGCGAGGCCCUGUGACCCUAAGGCGGCGGGGAGGUCAGCGGUGAGGUCAAUGGAGGUCAGGGAAGGGGAGGCGCCGCUGCUGCCCUCUGUGAUCGCUGCGCUGGACAGAUUGGUGACUUACUAUGAGAAGAGUCACCAUUUGCUUCACCUCGAUGGCAUUUUUGGGGCCAAGGCCAUUGAAGGGCAGCUCAACUUGGUGGUGGCCAAACACAACAAGGGUCUGCUCAGUGAUGCUGUCGACUACCUCAUGAAGAACGAACUGGCCCAAAUGGCGACCAGAGCAGGGCGAGUGGUGCGUCUGGCCCUCCCACACCUGCAGGAGAGCCAACCAGUGUCCAUGCACAGACUGAGACGCCUCUUUCAACUCUCCUGGGACAUUGGACACUCUCAUCGCAGGGUUGAUCUCACUCUGCUGUGGGAUAGAACGACCAGGGCACGCGCAGCACAACACAGCCUCACUGAUUCCGAGACAGACCGGUGCCUGGCGGAGGUGCUGGAGCCGACCAAUGGGGUGGUGUGCGGCAUGAGUCAGUGGUGCCAGGAGGCCAUGACGCAGCCCGGCCAUGCAAGUUAUGGCCUCACUCACCAGAUACUCUACUCCAUUGUUGCAGAGAUGAGCGGGUGUGGGAGCCGUUUGGAGCAGUGGCUGGUCAAACACAAGCGCACGGCAAGUUUGGAGCAGCUACAGGCGGAAAUGUGUGCAAACUUGUAUGUCCAAGCGUGUUCCUUGCCUCCAAGCCUGCAGCGACAUCCCAACCCUGCAGCCGUGUGGGACCUCUUCCUUGAGAUGGAGUUUGUGUGUGGAAUGCUGGGGUACUCGCAGUUCCUACAGGAGGGGUGGCUGAUGGGAAUCCUACACUGGCAGGACCCCUCAGGAUGCUUCAAGGCCACACCCACCUCCAUGCCCCCCACUGCAGUGCCCCACCACUCCCCUGCCCCCUCCUCUGCCCCCCCUGGCCCCCUUCAUCACCAGCAACACCACUGGCCCACACAGGGGUACGGCUGCCUCGCUCAUCUCACCGGAGUGGCUGCAUCCUCAUUGGCUGUCCACCUCCAUUCCCUCCUCUACGCCGGCCAAUCAGAAAUGCCGUCCGUCUCCGCCCCCCGCACCCUGCCCCCUGUCCCGGCCUUCAACCUCCAGCCCCCCCCAAAUGCCCCCAUAGGCUCAGGAAUUAUUGUAAACAGGCCAUUGUUUCGAGGGGACAUUCACUCUGGUCUAAACAGAGUGGCGUCACAGGAGAGGUCUUUAGAGGACAAGGCAGACCUCCUCCUGCAGCGACUGGAGGAGGAGAAGAAGGAGGGGAAGGAGAGAGAGAAGAAGGAGAGAAACAGAAAACGGAAACAGGACCCCAAACUUCCCCCGGGGCACUCCAGACACUUGGCACUCCCGGAAUUAGCAGUGCCACUCUCCUUGCCUGUCUCAGUGUCAGUGCCAGGGUCAGUGCCAGCCUCCCCCCUCACCGCAGCCCCCUCUCCCGCCCCCCUCUGGUGUGUGGCGGCCAGUGUGGUGUUGGUGGCGAUCAUGUUGGCGCGUUAUGUGCACAGCCGCCGCCGCCGCUGUAACCUAGUAGGCCUAAAAGGAAAGUUUAGGCUGUGAAUUGGUGUUUUUAUUUAUUUAUUUAUUUAUUUAUUUUAUUUAUUUAUUUUUUUUUUUUUUGCUGUUUUUUUUCUCCAUUUUAAU